UCGCUCCCUCCUCCACCUGCGCCCUGAGUCUGUAUCUCUUUUUCUGCACAAAGACGAGGUGAUCUCCUAGGUAGCUCAAGAGUAUUAAAUUGGCCGGGAUGUCAUCUCUUCGGAAUUCGCUCCACCGCCGAAAUCACAAGGAGCGUGGUCAGCUCGCUCACCGCGCAAAACUCGGCGUCCUCGAGAAACACAAGGACUAUGUCUUGCGAGCGCGAGAUUACCACUCGAAGCAAGACAGACUCACAAGGCUCAGGCAGAAGGCAGCGGAUAGGAACAAGGAUGAGUUCUACUUCGGGAUGAUCAGGCAGAGGACGCGGGAAGGUGUACAUAUCCAGGGCAGAGGAAACGAGGCUCUGCCUACGGACGUUGUAAAGGUUCUCAAGUCCCAGGACGAGAACUAUAUACGGACAAUGCGCCUCUCAAAUCAAAAAAAAAUAGACAAAAUAAAGGCUCAGCUUACCGCAUUCACUGGUCUCGUCAAAUCAGAUAUUCUUGACGGCGAAGACGAAGAUCUUGACGAUGAGGAGUUAGAAAUCCUCAGGUCCGUUGGAAUAAUAGCCGGCGGCGCUGAUCCGAAGCGCAAGCGACGCAGGCCUACGGGCAAACACAUAGUUUUUGCCGAGGACGAAGAGGAAGGCCGAACGUAUACGCCACCGGGAAAGCUGGAGUUCAACGACGAUAGCAUGAACGUGGAGGAAGACUACAAGGGCUUGGGAUGGAAGACGUUUGAGGGACUGGAGAGAAAAAAGCGAAAGGGGAAAGGCAGGGUUGAUGCGGAGAGCUCGACUGCUAUUGCCGAGGAGAUUAGGCAAGAAGAAGCCACGGAGCAGAGAACGAGGUUACUGGAAGAAUUGGCGGCUCGCCUCAGUCGUGACAGGCUUCUGCGCUAUACCGAGCGUGAACUGGAAAUGCAGAAAGCUUUGAUGGGGAAGGGGGCGUCGAGGAAACUGAAAGGUGUGGAGAAGGUUGAGGACGAAAAUGA